AUGGCUAACUUACGUACUCAAAAAAGACUUGCUGCUUCUGUUAUCGGUGUUGGUAAGGGAAAGGUUUGGUUAGACCCAAGCGAAGCCUCUGAAAUUGCCCAAGCUAACUCCAGAGAUGCUAUCAGAAGAUUAGUUAAGAACGGUACCAUCGUCAAGAAGGCUGUCACUGUUCACUCUAGAUCUAGAACUAGAGCUUACGCUGAAUCUAAGAGAAACGGUCGUCACACUGGUUACGGUAAGAGAAAAGGUACCAGAGAAGCUCGUUUACCAUCUCAAGUCGUCUGGAUCAGAAGAUUACGUGUCUUAAGAAGAUUAUUGUCCAAGUACAGAGAUGCUGGCAAGAUUGACAAGCACUUAUACCACGUUUUAUAUAACGAAUCUAAGGGUAACGCUUUCAAGCAUAAGAGAGCUUUAGUUGAACACAUUAUUCAAGCCAAGGCUAACGCUCAACGUGAAACUGCUUUGAAGGAAGAAUCCGAUGCUAGAAGAAUGAAGAACAGAGCUGCUCGUGAAAGAAGAGCUCAAAGAGUUGCUGAAAAGAGAGAAGCUUUAUUGAAGGAAGAUGCUUAA